GCUAUUAGAACUGACGACCAGCUCGCUCUGUUUUCGGAUGCUUUCUGCAUUCCUAGCUGCGGGCUUCGGCUGCUGAAGGGACUGCCACCUUUUCCCAUUUACACAGCCUCAGGAAAAGAAAGGGACCUCAAACUUUCCAGAUCCCUUUCUCUCAUAGGAAACUAUCAAGCACAGGAAUAAAGAUGGCUGCUAACCCAGGAAAAGACAAUUGCAUCAACUUUGUGGAAAUGAAAUUUAUUGACAAUAUGCUUUACUUUAAAGCUGAAAAUGAUGACAACCUGGAAACAGAUUACUUUGGCAAGCUUGAACCUAAAAUCUCAAUCAUACGAAAUUUGAACGACCAAGUUCUCUUCGUUAACCAGGAAAAUCAACCCGUGUUUGAGGAUAUGCCUGAUUCUGACUGUACAGAUAACGCACCCCAUACUGUAUUUAUCAUAUAUAUGUAUAAAGAUAGCCUCACUAGAGGUCUGGCAGUAACCAUCUCUGUGAAGUGUAGGAGAAUGUCUACUCUCUCCUGUAAGAACAAAACUAUUUCCUUUAAGGAAAUGUGUCCUCCCGAUAGUAUCAACGAUGAAGGAAAUGACAUCGUAUUCUUUCAGAGAAGUGUUCCAGGACAUGACGAUAAGAUACAAUUUGAGUCUUCGUUGUACAAAGGAUACUUUCUAGCUUGUAAAGAAGAGAAAGAUCUUUUCAAACUCAUUUUGAAAGAAAAAGAUGAAAGCGGGGAUAAAUCCAUUAUGUUCACUGUUCAAAACAAAAGCUAGAUAUUAAAAUUGCACAGUUUGAAUUUUCUGAGUUUUUGUCUUUCAGAAAGGUUGUAAGACUUUGAGCCUAUAAUUGUAGUAAUGAAAUAAAAUGACUAAUGGUCUCAAAGGAUA